CAGGUUGUUUGGGCUGCUAACGACUCACCUUCUAUCAAUGAUGUGACUUAUCCUGAGCUAAUUGAAAUGAUAUCAAAGUUAAAGGAUGAAGAAGGAAAUCUCUUGAGUGUCAGUACUUCAAAUCUUUUUAUUGCUAACUCCGAAAAUGAUUUACUUAUUAUUGAUCUGACAAAGGUGUCACCAGAGCUUGCUUGCCAUGCCAGUGAUGCAGAUCUUGUCAUUUUAGAAGGGAUGAAGCUCAAGAACGGCGUCUGCAAACAUUGUGUCAGUUCCGACAAGCUAGGUUUCGAAGGAAACAAUUAAUUAAUUUAAGAAGACUAUCCACCUUCCCUUACAAUACUAGAAAUAAUGUCCCCAUUAGACAAACUUCCCAACUUAAUCCGUCAACAUCUACAAUUUCCAAUGCCACUCGUAGACAAACAGUCUCCGUUAGACAAACUUCCCAACUUAAUCCGUCAACAUCUACAAUUUCCAAUGCCACCCGUAGACAAAUAGCUUCCAUUAUUGAAACUUGGAAUUUUGGAAGACCGACAUGUGUUUGUGAAUUUUGUGGAGCUCUUCACUGGUACGAAGAAAGAACGGAAAAGAGUAAACACCCUCAACAUCCAAAGUUUUCUACAUGUUGCAUGGAAGGUCGGGUGCAACUUCCAUUACUAAAAUUUCCACCAACUUUGCUCUAUCACUUGCUUGAUUAUGAUGGAGAUAGUGCAGCAAAACAUUUUCGUCGUAACAUUAGAAUUUAUAAUGCGGCUUUUGCUUUUACAUUUAUGGGUGGAAAAAUUGACUAUGAAAUCAACAAACAGGGCGACCCUUAUGUCUUAAGAAUCAAUGGACAGACAUACCACCUACUUGGGUCUUUAUGUCCUAAGAAUGGAGAAAAGCCAAAAAUUUGCACAACUUUAUAUACAUGACACAGAAAAUGAAAUCUCAAAUAGAUUAGGUUUUAUCCAAGGUGAUAACGAAAAUAAUCUUCUUCAAGAGAAACUGGUAACAAACAUUUUGCAUAUGCUGGACAAUCACAAUGUCUUGGUAAAAUCAUUUAGGAUGGUCAGAGAUAAAUAUGAUCACCAUGAUGUCGGAGAAUUGAAACUAAGAUUGCUUAGCAAUAGGUUGACUGAUGGGAGACAAAAUAACCUGCCCUCUUGCUCAGAAGUUGCUGCGCUUUUAGUUGAUCAAACCUCAAAUGAAGAAAGUCAUCGCGAUAUAAUUGUUGAACACAAAACAACUGGUCUUCGAAGAAUUACAGAAUUGCACCCAAGUUUCAUGGCACUACAAUAUCCAUUAUUAUUUCCAUAUGGAGAAGAUGGUUAUAGGAUUGGGAUAAGUCAUCGAAAUCCAGAAACAGGGAGUUGUUACAGGCGAAAAACAGUUACUAUGAGACAAUAUUAUUCUUUUCGCUUGCAACAACGAGCUGGAAAGGCACAAACAUUGUUACGGAGUGGGCGUUUGUUCCAACAGUACAUGGUAGAUGCUUAUGCUUCGAUCGAAGAAGUUAGAAUCAAUUGGAUUAGAAAGAAUCAAAAGCAAUUGCGUGCAGAACUAUAUAAUGGAUUGAGAGAUGCUAUUAAUCAAGGAGAUGUCAUGACAAAUUCGGUUGGUAGAAUGACAAUUCUUCCAUCGUCUUAUACUGGUGGACCGCGAUAUCGUGUUCAAAAUUACCAGGAUGCAAUGGCUAUAUGUCGAUAUGCGGGAUAUCCCGACCUAUUUUUAACAUUCACAUGCAACCCAAAAUGGCCAGAAAUACAAUUUUUUCCUUGAAACUGUUGAAGGACAAAAAAGUGAAGACAUACCUGACAUUAUUAGUCGUGUUUUCUCUAUUAAGUUAUGGGAGCUAAUCAAUGAUAUUAAACGUCAACAAAUAUUUGGUAAAGUCACAACAGAAUUCUAUGACAAAAUGGGAAUGUUAUGUAGACUGCAGAAACAAGACUGCCAUUAGACGUCAACAUGGAGGAAUGCUUGCAGCCUCCUUCGUUCUUGGUUAGUUUCACUGAUGUUUUUCAUCGGGUUAGUUAAAACUAAAGUUAUUUGUAUAGAAAUUUUUAACACACACCUUAUGCCUAUUAGCGAACAUAUAGAGGGUGAUAUGAGUGGUCGUGUACUUCCAUGUAAACUCCUAGAUGGUUGUUUGUCAAUUGUCAGUGUUAUUUUUCCCUUUUGUGAUCUAUCAUCCAAGUAUUAAACCAUAGCUGACAUAUUGUUUGGGAAUCUUACCUGAAAAAUGAAUUUAUUUGCAUACUAGAAGACACGUGUUUAUUACAAUCAUAUGCUAAAGGUUGGAGGAUUAUUUCCAAGUAGUUAUAGUUUAUGUCUUACUUUUUUCUUCCCUCAAUUUCUUGAAGCUUGUAGAGGUUUUCGCUAGGGAUGGGGUGUCGUUUUCGACUACUUGUGAAAAUUUUCUCCCUCGACCUUGGAUAAUUCAUGACCUUGAUACUUUAAAAUUAAAAUGGAGGAACAAGUCCUGGAAGAAGGUAACUCUCAUAUUUGUUGAUAACUCUGGUGGAGAUAUUAUUUUGGGUAUUUUGCAAGGGAGCUCCUUCGGCGUGGGAGUCAGGUUUCCACGCUUUAAUUUAUUUCUCUGUCAACUGUAUUUUCUGGUCUGGAAAUUUGAAUCUCAUUGCCAUAACAAACUUACAUGUUCUUUUGUUGAAGUGUUCACGACUUAACGUGGACAUAUAGUAUUAAAGCAAGUGCAGAAAGGUCAAAUUAAAGUUAACAAAUAUAGCUCUGUAUACAUGUUUAACAAGUUUAUUUUAUUGAUGUAUAUCAACUUGACUCCAACUGCCACAAAUAUAGCUUUGUAUACAUGUUUAACAAAUAUACUCUGUUGGUAAUACGUCUUUCUUUUCACCAAUAAAUUUUUGUAUCACUUUCUUUUUUUUAUAUUUUUGUAUUAAUUUUUUACAAAUAAAUUUACAACAAUUCACACUUAUUUUUUCAGCCUAUAACUUACAAUAAAACUUAUUCAUCUCAUCACUUUCGUCAUCAGCUAAGACUCAAUACUACAUAUCCUUUUUUGUUAUCGUUAUUGGAUCUUUACACGUCAUUUGGUUGUUGGCAGCUACAUUUGGAUUUCAAUUAUACUCAACUCUCUAUCUAUAUAUCCUUCAAUUUUCCUUUUACAAACUGAUAAUUUUCUUUCUUUAAUUUAUCAGAAUUCUAUCACAAAAUGGGAAUGUUAUGUACGCUGCAGAAACAAGACUGCCCUUAGACGUCAACAUAGAGAAUGCUUGCAGCCUCCUUCGUUAUUGCUUGCAGAGGUUUUCGCUAGGGGGGUGUCGUUUUCGACUACUUGUGAAAAUCUUCUCCCUCGACCUUGGGUAAUUUAUGACCUUGAUACUUUAAAAUUUAAAUGGAGCAACAAGUCCUGGAAGAAGGUUAUCAUAUUUGUUGAUAACUCUGGUGGAGAUAUUAUUUUGGGUAUUUUCCAUUUGCAAGGGAGCUUCUUUCGUCAUCAGUGAGACUCACUACUAAAGAUUUAUUAAUGGCCUCCAUAGUUACUCACAAGAUGGACUAUACUUUUCUCGAACAGCUUAAUGAUCAACGCGAUAAUUGGAGUAUCAGAGUUCGAAUUGUUCGUAUGUGUAUUGUCUACACUACACAAAGUGAGAAUGAACCAAUCUCUUUGGACAUUAUUUUGUUGGAUGAAAAGAAAACACCUUUGCAUGCAACAAUCAAGAAAGAACUUCUCCCGACUUUCAAAAACAUGAUACAAGAAGGUGAUAUAUACAACAUAAUAAAUCUGAAAAUUUCACCCGCAAAUGAUUCUUAUAGACCUGUCGUAGGAACAAAGAAGGCAUUGUUUUUGACCACAACUAUGGUAAAUAAAAUCCAAGACCCACAAUUUACCAUUCAAAAACAUUACUUCAAUUUUACUUCCUUCAAAUCAUUACCCCAAAGAUUGGGAGAUAAAGUCAAUCUAACGGACAUCAUUGGAACACUGCAUGUUGUUGGACAUGAAGAGCAAGUUUAUGUUGGUGACAAACCUACAAAAAUACUCAGACUAGAAAUCAAAAUGCAUGGGGGCGAAACUAUCAAAGUCACUUUAUGGAGAAAUAUAGUUGCUGAUUUUCAAAACUUAUUUGUCCAUCACAAGCUACAUGAUGGUCCUAAGGUUGUUGCAAUAACAUCAACAACGGUUAAAAAAUUUAGAGAUGACUAUUCAAUCAACUCAACUUCAACAACAAGGGUUUAUAUUAACCUAGACAUACCUGAAUUCAAUAUACUUUCACAAAGUGAUUCCAGUCAAAGUCAAGAAGAUGAAGUUAGAGAAAUACCACCUCAAGAUUUUUCCCACAAUACACCGGAGAAAAGAAUGGUCAGGAAUCAAACAACAUUAAAACACAUAAUGGCCAUGAAAUGGGAAUCCAAUGUUCAGGAAAGAGUAUUCACAAUAUGUGCAACUGUCAAUGACAUUGAUUAUAAAUUUGGAUGGAAUUACAUUGGAUGUGAAAAUUGUCUCACAAAAUUAACUCAACAAGGCCAACAAUACAAUUGUCCCUCAUGUGACAUGACAUCAAAGUAUCCUGCACCAAGGUGUAAGACCCAUAAUUUUAAAGUACACUUUAUGUAUUUUUGUGUAUUUUGGAUUUUGGUUUGGAGGCUUUUUAGCCAAUGUUAAUAAUA